CACAUUAAGGCCAGAGCAGGGCUUUCUGAACUCUCGCCUCCAGUGAAUCUCUCUCUAAAGUCUUAUAAUUUUCAUACUGUCUUGAAGUGGGAUGUCGUUAAUACAUCUAGAGCCUCAUGGUUUAAUGUUGAAUUUAUGACUUACAACUUUCCAAAAUGGAAACCUUUCUUGCCUUGUUCAAAUAUUUCAACGUAUCAGUGUGAUCUCAGUGAGGCUUUCAUACCUAGAGAAAGCGAAAGGAAUGGUUAUUUUGCCAAAGUUAAUGCAGUUACAGAGUCACAAAAGUCAAGCUUUGCUCACACUUACCGAUUCACUUUUGAUAAUAACGCCACUUUGGGUCCUCCUACUGUACACCUUAAGGCUGAUGAGGUUGAAAUAACAGUGGAAAUAAAUUACACAGUCCCUAAUUUCACAGUGAACAUGAUUCGAAGGAUUUUCAAAAUAUUAUCGUACAAUAUUUACUACAGGAAUUCUGAAAACCCUGAGCAGGAAAAUAAAAUCUGCAGAGAAAAGAAUCCAUAUAUUAAAAUUAAAGUACCAGUGGGAGUCACUUGUGUGUCUGCUGAAGUAUGUCUGGAUGCCUUAAAAGUAAAGGGAGAAAGAUCACAAGAAACCUGUUUGCAGAUUAAAUCAAGUGAAUCAUUCCCAGAUUCAAGGAAGUUGCCUUGGUCACCAGCCCUAAGAAGAGAGGACAAUAUCAUUCCCCUAAAUGAAACACUGAAUUGUCCCUGGAAAGAGGGAGACAAAGAGCUUGAGUACCAGGGGGAUGAGGAAUACACAUGGGAUGAGGAGUACUCGGAGGAUGAGUACCACCUGGGGGUUGAUGAUUAUCCAGAGGAAGAGGAGCCCCCGAGCGAGAUGUAUCCAGUGAAAGAUGAGAAUUCAGUGAAUACCUCGGAUGAGUUGGAAUCUGAAGCUGUUUCCAAAUUGCAACGAGCCAACACUGAGUCCUCCAGAGAACUUGCACUUGCAAUUUCAGGAGGAGUUUUUAUUUUCAUUAUCCUGGUGGUCGUUGCAAUAACACUUAUCUGUUAUUUUCUUAAGAAGCAGCAGGCAUUACCCAAACAUUUGGCUCAACACAUUAUGCGUGGAAAAACAUAUACCAAUGUAAGCAUGAAAACCGAGGAAAGCGAUAUAAGUAUCCUGACAUCAAUGGAGGCGGUGACUAAUAUUUGUGAAGUUGACACGAGCAGAAAUGCGACACGAGUGGAAGUGAUCAAAGCUCCUUCAGAAGUUAUUGAUGCUGACCGAGUUAAUACUGAUGUGGAUGACAGUGAACCAGUAAAUACUGACUUGAAUGAUCCGUAUGCAGCUAAAAUUGGUUUAAAUGGCACAGAUCAAAAGAAUGUUAAUGAGAACUGUUUUGAAGAAGACAACAGUGACCUGGAGAAAACUCAUGAUUUGUGCAAGACUAAUUUUGACUCUGUGAUGCAAACCUGUGCAGAUAACUGGGGUUAUGACAAACCUCAAAAUCCACUUGUGCUUUAAAUAAUUGUACUGAUUCUAUGCAGUAAUACAGGCUAUCCUCCUGGAUCCCCUCCAAGCAGCACACCAUCCUGACUUGGAACUAUAACGCUGUUUCUUCAGUCGUUGGGUCCCUGUUAGGAAGGGAGUUGGAGCUCCCUUCCUAACAGCACUGUGGGUGUACCUAAAGCACAUGGGCUGCAACUGUUCAAGAAGGUGGCUCACCACCACCUUCUCAAGGGCAAUAAAUGCUGGCCAAAUAAAAAGUGACACCCACAUACCAUGAAUAAAUAAAUGUAAUAAAUCCUACUGUGAUGGAAUAAAGCACUGGCAUCUUGCUACUUAGUACAAACAUUCUUCUUGCUGAACACAUUGGAAAUCUAUCAUGUUGCAAGACAGAUGUGGUGAUUGACCGUCAGCAGUUUCAGCAUACAGUUCUAAAGUACCUGGAUAGACCUUGCCAUUCUCAAGUAACUGUCUGUUGUGCAACUGUGAUGACUGAAACAACCGGCAUGACAAUUGUAGAUUGAAGGCUGCACAUUCAUAAGAGUUCAAAGUAAUUGAAUGUUUUGUUGUAUUAUUCUGAUCGGAAAUUUUACUCUUUUGGGGUGGGGGAGCAGGGAAUGCAUUCCAGCUAACUGUGCUAGAUUUGCCCCUCACCUCUGAGUUAGAAGUUUUGGACUCAAUUCCUACUCCAGGGAUUUGAACACAUAAUCUAUACUGACACCUCACUGUAGUACUGAAGGAGUGCUGUACAAGGAGAGGUACAUUUUCCAGAUGAGACUUUGGGCUAUAAAUUCACUUUGGCUAUUGUCUAUUUUGUGCUAUUAUUCAAUCAACAACCAGUUCUGGUCAGUAAAAAAAAAUAAAAUUUGGUAGAGGUCAAAAUGCCAUGACUCACUGUGCGUUACUUCCCAGGACAACUUUAUACCCCAGACCUCAUUUGUCCUAUCAGAAGGAUGUAAAAGAUCCCAGUUCUCCUGGCUGAUAUUUAUCUCUCAGCCAACACCAAUCAACGAAACAAGUAUAAAAUACUGCAGAUGCUGGAAAUACUCAGCAAGUCUGGCAGCAUCUGUUAGGAGUGAAAGAGUUAACAUUUCAGGUCACUGACCUUUCGUCAAUUAUACAACCAGUCCUAGUAAGUGAAUUCUGGUACAUCUGUGUUCUCUUCUAUGUCUAACACAUCAUUCCUGAGGCUCAAUGUCCAAAACUGAACACCAUAUUCCAUAUAGCGUCUGACCAAGGCUCUGCAAAUUUAACAUCACUUCCUCACUUCUGAAUUGCAAUCCCCUUGAGGAGAGACGAGAAAUAAUAAGAUUUUAUGUUUUAAGAGUAGUUCUGAAAACAGUGUUUAGCAUUGCAUUUUUAAACUUUACUUCAAGGAAAAUGUGAUUUCAAAGAAUGCUGUGUGAAUUUUUAUUACGUCAUUGAGAUUAAAAAAAACACAGUCACCUAUA